AUGGCCGCCGCCACUGCUUUCGGCGCCGCAUCGCCCGCUGCAAUCAAGCAGCUGUUCGAGCAAGCUCACUCACUAACUGACCCUAACUACCCCCAGAACGAGAUCAUCAUCAUCAAAGACCGCACCAGCUGGAUCAGCGCCCAUGGCGGCUACCUGACCGAGCUUGUCGUCCUAACCACCUCCAUCACUGCACUGAAGAGCUUCUGGUACUGUUAUAAGUAUGAAAGCCGGGGUAUCUUCAAUGUCUUCUCGGUUCAGAGCACUAGUGGCCCUGAGAGCCACCUGACAACCACCCACCGCACUAUCAACCCCCGAUUUCCUGGCGUUGACCCUGAACCUUCCCCUUCCUCCAAUUCCGAUGACGAUGAUGAAGGUUAA